UCUUGAUAAGAGAUUGAUUUACAAACAAGGAAAACAAAAAUUAAAUAAAAUUAAUAUAAAAUGCAAUUAACAUCCUAGAAAGUUAUUUUCUUUUAUAUGUUUGAUUAAAUAUAAAUAAUUAAAAUAUAUUAGCAUUUCGACAAUAAAUAAUUAAUAUUGCAUAAUUAAAUAAAUAAAUAAUUUAAAAUUUUCAAAUAUUUGGUGUAACAUGACUACUGAACAAGACACAGACAAUAAUAAUCUUGUAUCUCGUGAUAAGAUUAUAAAUGCUGCAGUGUCAUUUCUUCGUAAUGAAAAAAUAAUUGAUACACCUUAUAAAAAAAAAGAGCAAUUUUUAAAAAGUAAAGGUUUAACUGAUGAAGAAAUAAAACAAGCAUUUGCAAUAGCAAAUGUUGAAAUAGCUAAUAUGAAUAAAAAUAAAUUUACAAGUAUUUCAAUACCAAAUAAUUAUCAAAAUACAUAUCCAUCAUUUUAUCAUCAUGAAAUUUAUCAACCAACAAUUUUACAUAAAAUAAGAUUAUAUUUUAAUACUGCUGCAUUUGUUGGAACAACAUUUUAUUGUGUUUAUUGGUUUUACAAGAAAUUCAUUGAACCACUAUUAUUUGGACGUAAAAAAGUUGAAACAAUAAAUGAUAAAGUUAUUCAACUUGAUAAAAAUGUAAAAACAUCAGUUAAAGAAAUUAAAGAUUCAGUUGUUAAAAUUGAAUCAUCAGUUAAAAAAUUAUUAACAAAUGUACCAACAGAUCCAACAGUACAACAUUUAAUAAGAGAAUUAAAACAAGAUCUUGCAAGUUUAAAAGGUCUUUUAUUAUCAAGAAAACAAUUUCCAAGUGCACCAGCAUCAAUACCAGCUUGGCAAAUUGAAGCUGGUGUACAAAAUCGUGAAAAAUCACGUGAACGUGAAGAUGAUGCUGGAAGUGGAAGUAGUACUAAUAAUUCAGAUAGUUCAUUAGAAAUGAUACGUGAAGAUCCACCAAAAUAAUUUAUAACAAAAUAAUAUUAUUAUAAAACUCAGGUGUUUUUUAAAUUAAUAUUUUUUUUUGACAUUUGAUUUUACUGCUUGGUUUUCUUGGUCAUAGCAAUUUUAUUAAAAUUUAUUUAUUAUUAAUUAACUUGCAAUUACUUGUCGUAUAUUGCGAAAUUUAAUUUUCAUGUUUUUUUUAAAUUUUUUAACAAUUUA